AUGGUCGGCCUCUCGUCGUUCUCGUACCUCUUUUCGGAGCUCAUCCGUCACUCGCAGUCAAGGGUCACCGCCAUCGGUCCGCUGGAGGCCAAGCUCGAUGCUGCGGGCUUCCAGGUCGGCGCGCGCAUGGUGGACCUCAUCUCACUGAGGGAAAAGUCGGGCAAGCGCGAGGUCAAGCUCAAGAACGUCCUUGUUCUUAUCCAGACCUCGGUCUUCCGCACCCUCUUUGGCAAAUCGGCCGAUGCCCUCGCGCAGUACUCGUCCGACGACGCAGAGGAGUAUCACAUCGUCGACAACGAGCCGUUGGUCAACAGGUAUAUCUCUGUUCCGCGCGACAUGUCCGAUCUCAACUGCGGCGCCUUUGUCGCUGGUAUCGUCAAGGGCGUCCUUGCAGGCGCCGGCUUUCCCGCAGAAGUCGUCGCCCACAACACUCCCGACGAUGACGGCCGCUACCCAUACUGCACCACCUACCAGGUCCGCGUCACUGCCGUAGACGUCCGCGCCCGGGAAAAGUAGCAGCCACCGAUCCAACCAUACGCACCC